AUGAAGACAUACAGAAAGAGGAGGGCUUGCAAGGGCGCAAUAAUGGCUGGAGCUCAAGUGAGUUUGAAAGCUAUGAUGAGCAGUCCGACUCUGACAAAGCGCCAACCCGCAGCAAGGUCCAUCAGCUAAUGCGGGCGGCACGUAGCGGAACGAAAGAUGGCCUGGAGAAGACCAGAAUCGCUGUGAUGAGGAGAGUUUCAUUCCUACAUAGAAAGGACCACUCAGAUGACACUGAGGAUGAUACAGGGUAUCUGGAUGUGAUGGUAUCAGAGGCAAAACACCCACCUGCACAACUGGGACCAAUGCCAGAUGGGCUUAGCAGCCUGCAGAUUGUCCGACGCCAUAUUUUGGGCUCCAUUGUGCAGAGUGAGAGGAGUUACCUGGACUCUCUUAAACGGAUCCUACAGGAAUACCAGCGACCUCUGAUGGAGGCCGAGCCUCGGAUCCUCAGUGUUAGGAAAAUCCGGCCCAUUUUUUUCCGUCUGUGGGAGAUCAUGCAGUGCCACUCCAUGUUCCAGAUUGCCUUGGCAUCUCGGGUGGCUGAAUGGGACUCUUGUGAAAAGAUUGGGGACCUGUUUGUUGCUUCAUUCUCGAAAUCCAUGGUGCUGGACGUAUAUAGUGAUUACGUCAAUAAUUUCACCAAUGCCAUGGCCCUAAUUAAGAAAGCCUGCAUGUCUAAACCAGCAUUUCUGGAGUUUCUCAAGAAGAAGCAGGCGUCCAGCAUUGACCGCAUAACUCUCUAUGGUCUAAUGGUAAAGCCUAUUCAGCGUUUUCCUCAGUUCAUUCUCCUCCUGCAGGAUAUGCUGAAAAACACUCCCACUGGCCAUGUGGACAGACUGUCCUUGCAAGUGGCCCUGACUGAAUUGGAGACCCUUGCUGAGAAACUCAAUGAGCAGAAAAGGGUGGCUGAUCAGAUCACUGAGACGCAGCAGCUGGCUCGCUGUGUCAGUGACCGCUCUCUCAGCAAGCUGCUGAACUCCGAGCAGAGCUCUUUGAUCCUUUGCGAGACGCUGAUUGAGACGGUGUACGGCGAAAGAGGACAGGUCCUCAAGUCUAAGGAGCGAAAAGUCUUUCUCUUCGGUGACAUGCUCAUCUGUGCCAACAUCAACAUCAAGGGCCCCCCUGACAUCAGCAGUCUGGUUCCAGUAGGUCCCAAGUACACCCUAAAAUGGAGCGCCCCCUUGCAGCAGGUCCAUGUAGUUGAAGUGGGUCAAGAGGGUUCCCAGACCAAGGACGCUAUCUAUCAGCUCGGAGGAGUCAAGCGCUCGGGUAGCUCUUCGGGAUCGGGAAAUAUCUUUCUGGGUCCGCCCCGUCUGUAUCAGGAACUGCAUGAGUUGCAGCAUGACCUCUCAGUGGUAGAACAGGUCACUCUGCUUGUGAGGACUUUACAGGGAACGUACCAGAAUCUGAACACCACUGUAGCACAGGACUGGUGUUUGGCACUGCAAAGACUGAUCCGCAUCAAGGAGGACCAAAUUCAGAGUGCCAACAAGUGCCGUUUACGAUUGCAAGUCCCUGACAGACCAGACAAGUCUGGUCGUCCUGUGAGCUUCACAGUGGUCUUCAACACACCAAGCCCCGUCAGCAAGAUAUCCUGGGUCAACCGGUUACACUUAUCAAAAAUAGCACUGAGAGACGAAAACACACCGGGUUGGUUCUCUGCAGAGGAUGCUGGUAAGACAAAAGCUCCUUUUUGGUGUCCACUGCUGUCCUGUCGCAUGCCUGCCUUCACCUCCAAAGGCCAGGAAUGUAAGCUGGAGGCUGCACUUCACAAUCCUGUUCAUUGUGCUUUACUUGGUUUCUCAGCGGCGAGUACUUCACUUCCUCAAGGCUACCUCUGGGUAGCCGGUGGAGGUGAUUCCACUCAAAGCCAGGUGGACAUCUUCUCCUUGAACAGACCCACACCUCGGCCUGUAAAAUCCCUCCAGAUGGGAGCUCGAGUGAGGUGUUUGGAGUAUGUGCCUGAGUCCAAAUCUUCAGAGGACGCCAAAACCAGCCCUCACAACUCCACUGGAGUUGGAAGUACUAUCUGUGUGGGACUUGAUGAUGGCAGCAUUCUGGUCUAUGGAAGUAUGGACACAGCUGCCCAAUGUCUUGUGACUCUCCGUAACCCCGAGGGCUGUCCAGUUCUUUGUCUCAAACAAUCCGGGAACUUCCUGUUCGCUGGCUUGCGGGAUGGAACGCUAAUGGUGUAUGAGAGACAUCACGGAGGGGAGCUGUGGAACCAGGACUCCUGUAGGAAAGUAACAGUUGGUUCAGAUCCCAUCAGGACGCUACUUGCCUUGGAGGACUCGGUCUGGGCCAGCUGUGCUAACAGAGUAACUGUAGUUGAUGGCUCCAGUUUGUCCACUCAGAGAUUUGAGGUCCAUCAGGACCCGAUGGUGAGCGUGGCCCAUAUGGUACGAGCUGGAGGUGGCGUAUGGAUGGCUUUUUCAGAAGGUUCCUCUAUACGCUUGUUCCAUACGGAAACACUGGAGCACCUGCAGGAGAUCAACAUAUCUACACCCUCAUCAUUUAACAACCCCAGUCAGAAGAGCAUGAGAGUUACCAGCCUGCUGAUUUGCCAGGGACUGCUGUGGGUGGGAACUGCCCAGGGCAUUAUCAUCACCCUGCCUGUGCCCAAGCUGGAGGGCAUCCCCAAAAUUACAGGUAAGGGGAUGACAUCUCUUAAUGCACACUGCGGGCCUGUGGAUUUCUUAGUUGCCCUUUCCAGCAGUUUGUCUCCUGACCUUCUGAAGCGGGAUUCUGUGGUGGAAGGGCAUGACUCGGCUUGUGCGGUGGAGGAUCGCAGUGACUCGUCCUCUCAGGAAUCUCUCAAGCAGCCCAGUAUUUCUGCCCAAGUGGAUGGUAAAGGCAAGAGGCAGAGUGGGGUGUUGCUACAGUACCGCCUCCGAUCAACCUCAGGUUUGCCUGGGCGACCAUUAACUGCGAGAGGGGACGAAGCCUCGGACUCAUCUUUAGAAUCCUUGGAGCACAGCAUGGAAGACGGCUCCAUAUACGAACUCAGCGAUGAUCCAGACAUGUGGGUCAGGGGUCGAUCCUGCGAUAGGGACGGGGUGAGGAGGGAUAGGGUUACCUCAGUAGCAGUCAUCUCUGGUGGGAAGGGCUUCCGCCGACUGAGGGAGGGUUCUGUGGCGACCUCCGCAGAAACCACACUUAUGAUCUGGCAGCUUCCUCUCACGGUUUGAGCUGAAAUUGUGUUUUAGGAAUUGUGAAAUGAAAAUGUUGACAAUUUACUUACCUAUACUGUAUGUCAUUCCACACCUGAAUGACUUUCUUUUGAAUUAAUGUACUGGUCACUCUUUUCAGCACGGUUACAAUGAAUGAAAGCUUCAAAAAAGAUACAAAAUUUUUCAUGAAAUUGGCUCAUCCUCCCAAGUUAUCAACAUACAGUUAUGAACAGUCCUUUUAAAGUUUAAGGGGUUACUUAUCUUAUAAUUUUCCUCUUUUGAGAACCGAAAAUCAUCCAUACUAAUUUUGUAAGCUCGACAGAUUUAUUGAAAAGAUCUGACUCAAGUCAUUUUACAAUUAAGACAUCAUCAGAGAAAAAAAGAAAUAAAUAAAUUCUUCACACAAAGCUAUCAGCUCGCUACUUUUACAGUGUUAUUUUUAUUCUAUUUGUAUUUUUUUAUUUUUUUAUUUUUGUCAUUUUGGAGACUGACAGCUCUAGUCCUCAGUUUUAUUAUACAGAAGAAUGUGACCAGGAUAUUUGAAAGAAACAAAGUAAUAUGGGUUUGGAAUGACAUGAGGAGAAGUAAAUGACAGAAUUUUCAUUUCAGAGUGAACUUUCCCUUUUUGCUGGGUAUGUGUGGUACAAAAUAUGAAGCUCUUAGACUGUUCAC